CACCUCCCAGUCGGCACCGCGCGCCGAGCCUCUGCCUCCUUCCUGCCUCUCCCGCGCCGCACAACGGCCCGGACGCCGCAACGCACGAGCCCCGGCCGCCCGCUCGAGUUCCCUCGCCGGCGGAGGUCGCCGAGAGGGACGCGAGGGGAGGCCCCGUGUGGCGGUGUGGGUCGCCGUCCACAGCCUGCUCCACUCCUUCGUCCAGGCCGAGGCGGCUUCCAGGUGGCCAGCUUGCUCCAGCUCCACUACCUGUUCCUGGGCGACUACGUGGACCGCGGCAAGCAGAGCAUCGAGACCAUCUGCCUGCUGCUGGCGUACAAGAUCCGGUACCCGGACAACUUCUUCCUGCUCCGGGGCAACCACGAGUGCGCCUCCAUCAACAGCAUCUACGGCUUCUACGACGAGUGCAAGCGCCGCUUCAGCGUCCGCCUCUGGAAGCUCUUCACCGACUGCUUCAACUGCCUCCCCGUCGCUGCCGUCAUCGAUGACAAGAUCCUCUGCAUGCACGGGGGCCUCUCGCCGGACCUCGACAGCCUCGCCCGGAUCAGGGACAUCCAGUGCCCCGUCGACGUCCCCGACCAGGGCCUCCUCUGCGACCUCCUCUGGUCCGACCCCGACCGCGACAGCUCCGGCUGGGGCGACAACGACCGCGGCGUCUCCUUCACCUUCGGCGCCGACAAGGUCUCCCGCAUCCUCGCCGCUCACGGCGGCCCAGCAUCUCGGAGUGGUGAUGGCAAUGGAUGGGGGAAGGGAAGAUGGCAAUUUCGCUGGUGCAUCCUCCAGUGGUGCCGCCGGCGCAUCAUACAGUGGUGCCAUUCCUAGGGGAACAACGGACAGUAACGGUGGAAUGGAGGUGACUGCAAAAGAUGGGAGAGUGGUGAAGUUAAAUGGACCAAUUGAGGUCACAUGGAGCCAUGGCGAGCCUUACCCCAAACCUAAUGGGGCUGGAUUUUUGUGCUACUAUUGUUUUAAAACAAAAAAGGGUGGUGGUGUAUCUCGUCUAAGGGA